AUGGGCGGAUUGGACUUCGAAAACACCUCUACCGUCUCCUCUAGCAUCAUCCUGGGUAGAUUGGACUUCGGCAGUGCCUCCGCCACCACCUCCGUCUUCAAGAUGGGUACACUGGACUUUAGAAGUGCCUCCUCCACCUCCUCCCACAUCAUCUGCGACUUGGGUAAACUGGAGUCAGCCGGCCGCAUCGUUAAGCUGGGGAAGCCCCAUCUUGUGAAGAUUUUCCAACGUCCUACGUACUACUACAACCCCAGCGACGACCACGACGGCAACAACAUCAACGCCAAACCCCACUACCUCGUCCACCACAACCACAAUCACAACCUCUUCAUCUGUCCCUCCUCCCCCCUCGUCGUCUCCUAUUGCAACACCUACUUCAACAUCUAG